UGCGGAGGCCUAGAAACAUGGAGGCGGCGGGUGCUGGGGCUGGGCAGCCGUCCUCUCGUCUGGAGGCUCCGGAAUCUACAGACGAUCGGCUUUUCCUGAUUAAAGGUGGAGUUUUCCUUGGUACUGUUGCUGCAGCAGGAAUGGUAGCCGGAUUUGUUACAACAUUAUCAUUGGCUAAAAAGAAAAGCCCUGAAUGGUUCAAUAAGGGAAGUAUGGCCACGGCUGCCUUACCGGAGAGCGGGUCUAUCCUUGCCUUGCGAGCCUUGGGUUGGGGCUCACUUUAUGCGUGGUGUGGGGUUGGUGUGAUCAGCUUCGCAGUCUGGAAAGCUUUAGGAGUACACAGUGUCACAGAGCUUGUCUGCAGUUUUCUUCCUUUCUCUCCCUCCACCUCGUGAGUGAGUAGCCAUGAACUGGUCUGUGGGAGUCCUGCGGGCCGGCAGGAGAGUGAAGGCUGCGAGAGUGAAUUUCCUGUGCCCGAGGGGGGCGCUGUGUCCCCGCCAGCCGGCAGGCAUCCCCCUUCCGGUCGCCUGGCCCGUCACCCUCGUGUCCAGGAUGGCGACCAUCAAGUGUGAGCUUAUCAAGAAUCUCACCUCCGAGGAGGCCGUUCAUCACAACAAAGUCUCCAUUAUAGGAACCGGAUCAGUUGGCAUGGCCUGUGCUAUCAGCAUCCUGUUAAAGGGCUUGACCGAUGAACUUGCCCUUGUGGAUGUUGAUGAAGACAAACUGAAGGGUGAGACCAUGGAUCUGCAACAUGGCAGUCCGUUCGUGAAAAUGCCGACUAUUGCCUCCAGCAAAGAUUACCUUGUCACUGCAAACUCCAACCUUGUGGUCAUCACAGCAGGUGCACGCCAGGAAAAGGGAGAAACACGGCUUAAUUUAGUCCAGCGCAACGUGGCCAUCUUUAAGUUGAUGAUUUCCAAUAUUAUCCAGUAUAGCCCUCGCUGCAAACUGAUUGUUGUUUCCAAUCCAGUAGAUAUAUUAACUUACGUGGCCUGGAAAUUGAGUGGAUUUCCCCAAAACCGUGUUAUUGGAAGUGGUUGUAAUCUGGACACUGCCCGUUUCCGUUUCUUGAUUGGGCAAAAGCUUGGUAUUCACUCUGAAAGCUGUCAUGGGUGGAUCCUUGGAGAGCAUGGAGAUUCGAGUGUCCCUGUGUGGAGUGGAGUGAACAUCGCUGGUGUCCCUCUGAAGGAUUUGAGUUCAGAUAUAGGAACUGAUAAAGAUCCCGAGAAGUGGAAAAAUGUCCACAAAGAUGUCAUUGCCAGUGCCUAUGAGAUUAUUAAAAUGAAAGGUUAUACUAAUUGGGCCAUUGGCUUAUCUGUAGCUGAUUUAACGGAAAGCAUUUUGAGGAAUCUUAGAAGAGUGCAUCCAGUUUCCACCAUAAUUAAGGGUCUGUAUGGGAUAAACAAAGAAGUAUUCCUCAGUGUUCCAUGUGUCUUGGGAGAGAGUGGUAUUGCAGACCUUGUAAAGGUGACGCUGACCCCUGAAGAACAGGCCCGUCUGAAGAAGAGUGCAGAAACACUGUGGGAAAUUCAGAAGGAGCUUGAGCUUUAAAGUUGUUUGAAACUAUCUUUCAGAAGUUAUUGAAGAGAUAGUAGGUGUGGAGUUGUAUAUGUCAAAUUUUUUAAUGAACUUGAAAUUGCUAGAAGUUGGAAAUAGGAAAGGAA